UCAGCCUCUAAUCACUGCUUUAUUGGUGGGUGGGGCUUCAGGGUGGGACACAGUGUAUCACUCUAUAACCAGGCUUAUCAAGCUCGAGCUAGGCUAUUUUACAGGCCUGUGAAAUGACACGGCCUCCAAUGAAUCUGACACCAAAUGUGGAUCGUCCCCACACUUUGCAGCCACCUGCAGAAGGUCGUCACCAUAAAAAAUUCCUUGAUGCGCUGGGCGCUGCUAUCUUGUCCUUUUCAUGAUACGGGCAACCUCAAGUAUAUCGUAUAUCCCAGGCACCGCUUUAAUCCAAUUUACAAUGAUUACGAAAGCCCUUGUCGUGAGCAGCCCCGGCGGUGAGUUCGUUUAUACUGACGUGGAAGUCGACGAAGACAUUCGUGCCACCGAGGUACUUGUCCAGAUUGUUGCGACGGGAGUCUGUCACACCGAUAUCAAUUUUGGCCAACAUGAUAUUGAGGGGAUGUUCCCAGCUAUCUUGGGGCACGAAGGUCAGUAGGCCUCCACCUUGUUAUUGCACCAUUAACAGGUAUGCAUCACAGGAGCGGGAAUUAUCUCGAAGGUUGGAUCAAGAGUCUCCAAUUUCCAAAAAGGAGAUUGUGUCAUUCUCAGUUACACAAGUUGCGGAGAAUGCAAGUAUUGUGUCCGGAAGGAGACAAGCUUCUGUAAUGAUUGGGAACUCGAUAACUUCGGAAUAGGUAGAGGUUGGGAUGGUAGUAAGGCUUAUGGAUAUCCACCUGGUGAAGACGAAUUAUCUGAGACAAAAAUCACAAGUCAUUUCUUUGGACAAAGUUGUGAGUAAAGUUCUAGAAUCAGGGAACCCAGUUAACUUUCAACAGGUUUCUCAAGUUUCGCGGUGGCUGAUGAAAGAUGUUGCAUUAAGGUCGGGGAGCCUGGGAAUGUUGACGUGGAUCUCUCGUCACUGGCACCUCUAGGCUGUGGCAUCUUGACAGGUGCUGGUGGUAUGUUUCUCUAGCUUCCUGUUUCCAAAAAAGAAGGAAUACUAAAACAAAGGUGGUAGCAAUGCUUAACGUUCUCAAACCAUCCCCGGAGGACAUCGUAUGCAUCAUUGGAGCUGGUGCCGUAGGGUUGGCGGCCAUCAUGGCUCUUAACUUUCUUAAAACGAAGCCUAAACAAGUCAUCGUCGUAGAUAUCGUUGAAGAGAGGCUAGAACUGGCCAAAAAAUAUGGAGCAACACACGCCAUCAAUUCAACGAAACAUAAAGAUCUACCAGGUGCGCUGAAGCGAGUAACGAACUUCGAUGGGGUUGAUGUUUCAAUCGACACUACCGGUAGAUCAGAAGUGCUUCAAGACUUACUGGAAGCAACCGCUAAAUUGGGGACAGUAUGCAGCGUGGGAGUAGGAAAGGUAUGUUCAGCCUCCUGUAGUUAUAUCCCGGCUCAAACUCUUACUAAAUGAACAGCUUGAUGCCGAUGUGUCGGUAAACGUGUUUAACGCAGUUAAUACUGGACGAAAGUAUGUAGGUUGCUGCAUGGGAAAUUCCUACCCACCCGAUUUCAUCCCGAAACUUAUACAAGGCUGGAAAGAGGGAAACUUUCCUUUUACUGAUUUAAUCACGAGAUACGAUGCAGCAGAUAUGGAGAAGGCCAAAGCGGACAUCUUGAGUGGAAAGGUUGUGAAAGCAGUUCUCACUUGGGGAGCCCCCGCGCUAACCUCAAACAUCUGACGACCUACCAAUUACAUUUCAAGGGAAUAUAGAUACGAUAGAUUAUCAAAUUAGUGGCAAACACAUGCAUUGAUUAAGGUAUGAAAGUAUGAAAUAUAAGUUCAACAUUGAAAAACCCGCUUCCGAAGCCAGUUGAGGUAAUAUCACUUCCGAGAUCAGCGUAUUGCAGAGUCCUUCUGCAUACCAAUCUUCUCCCUCGCGCCACGAAUUAACCCCACAUGCAGGGACAACAGGUCUAUAAUCAGCCUGUAAUGCACUAUCUUAUCAUCGUGUGACGUCAAAAGAAACUUCCUAUCAGCUCAUCUGUGUCCUUUACUUGAAGUCAAGUAAGACAUUCAAUACAUGCAGCUUGCAUCUUGCAGCUACAUUCUUUUAUCAUGCCAUAUGUA